AUGUCGUAUAGUGCUCUCAAACCAGAUCCAGAUGAGGACUUGCAGGGCUACCUUGUCCUGGAGGGCAGGCUGGCAGUUCAAAAGACUCCGUUCUGUAUCUCUCCUGUGCAUCCACUGCGAUCUCGCAUCUCCGAGUCGCACCUCCUGGUAGGAGUAUCUCGGCUGGGAGUAAAGGUUGUCUGUAAGAAACCUGUCAGCCUGACUUACCGAUGCCCUUGUCGAUUCUACGAGAGCAACGUGGCCAGAGCCAACAUUAAGCACCUCAAAAUCCUCUCCACACCCAACUGCUCACUUCAGAUUGUUGCCAGGCUCAAGAGCAACAGCAAGCAAGUGUGCAUUGAUCCCAAGUUAAAGUGGAUCCAGGAAUAUCUGGAGAAAGCUUUAAACAAACCACGUCAUCGCACUCAUAAAAAAAAGCAACAGAAGAAACGGGGCCCACUCUGCCCUUCCCGUGCAACACCACUAAAGUCUCCAGGGAGAAAGAAUGGAGGUUCAAGAUGUAAGAGGCAAGCAUUGUAAGCCGUCUACAGGAUUUCUUACUGUAGGAGCCAGAGAGCAGAUAACCAGUAUUAGGGAAUGAAUACAUUUCACUGUUAUCAUGCAGCACAAAAGCAACGCUUCAUGCAUUUCCGAAGGGGUUUUUUUUGUUUGGGGGGAGGGGUUUUUUGUGGUUUGAUUUUUUUUUUUUUGCACAAAUUGGCUUGCUUUCACAGUGCUAUUUUUAUAGACUAAGAUGUAACUAUUUGAGAAAAAUAUGUUUUUAUACAGGU